AAUGAGCCCUUUGUCAUUUGGUAGGAAAGAGAUGGCAUUUAUACUCGUUUAAUCGAUUUGUCAUAUUGGAGACCGGCGAAUAUUCUAGCAUUUUUUACAAAAUGGCUCAAGAAUACGCAGUCGUAACACAGAGUUUGGUAACAGUAACUAUAUCCAGCUCUUCAAAUUCAUUCGGUAGUGAAAGAAGAUUUCAGAAAGAUGUCACUAUUGGGGAUUUGAAGGGCAAGCUGGUAUUGCUGACUGGUGCAAAUGUGGGCAGCAUGAGGUUAGAGCUCUACACCAAUGAGAACAGACUUGUCUGCCAGCUCGACAAUGACUUGGCCAUGCUAGGCUCCUAUCCCAUUGAAGAUGGCAUGAGAAUACAUGUAAUUGACCCUCAAGCAAAAGUAGGAGAGUUUGAGGAUGUUUCUAAAGUUGAGAAGUUUGAACUCAGUCCAGAAGAAUAUGAAAAGCGACAAGACACUGUGCGAGCAUUCAAGGAGCGUAACAAGAUAGGUAGGUUCAAGGAGUUGACGCCAGAGGAGCAGCAGAGGCAGGAGGAGGAGAAGAGGAUGAGAGAGGAGCAGGACAAGCAGCUGGUGGAGACCAUGAAUGUGGGAGACAGGUGUGAAGUGAAAGUGCCAGGCCAGCCUGCUAGAAGAGGGUGUGUUCAGUAUAGAGGGACAACAGACUUCAAGCCAGGAUACUGGGUGGGGGUACAAUAUGAUGAACCUGUGGGAAAGAACAACGGCACGGUGCAGGGACGAAAGUAUUUCCAGUGUCCAGACAAGUACGGAGGCUUUGUGAAACCAGAGCACGUGGAGGUUGGAGAUUUCCCCGAGGAGGGCUUUGAAGACAUGGAUGAAAUGUGAAAACCUCGUAAAGACAAUGUGAACACCUCAUGAAGACCAUGUUGUAAGUGUGAAUUCCAAAGCUAGGCACCUGAAGUGUUCAGAGCAUGUGCAUAAGCUCCUGACAUUAGGCUGUGAAUCGGACAUGGUGUCUUCAAGAAGCAAAUACAUCAAUGGAAGAGGAUCUGAAAAAAACAAGACUUCUGCAGUUGUGUUGCCUAUCCCACAGAAAGAGUUUAUAUAUUCCUUAUCAUAAACUUUAAUGGUUUCACUUGUAUGUCUAAGAAUGACACAUACAUGUAUAUUUAGAAGAUUGGAACAUAAUUUAGGACCAAGUGACACAACUAUGUAUUGUCCUUCACAUUACAGAGUCUUCAAAGCAUCUUUCACUUAUAUUUGGUAAACCUUAUUCAGUAUUUGUUACUAUUAAUAUUUAUUUAUGUAAUUAUUCUGCACAUACAUAAGGUCAGAGCUCCAGAUAAGGAUUAAGUCUAAAGGGUAUUUUACCCCCUGAUAUUAUUGUUAAAGGAUAUUUUACUCAGUUGUUUCAGCCAUAAAGGGUAUUAAGAAAUAGUGAGGGGUAUUUUCCAUUUCUAUAGAAAAC